AUGCCGCUGCAGGCUCGCGAGGAGGGCCCGAGGAGGGCCUUGGAAGGGGCUGAUGAACAGUACAAAUACGACGCCGCGUCCUCCUCGCUGACCCUGUCCUCCUCGUCUCUGUCACGCUCUCGCGACUCAACUCAACACGAGAACGACACCAGCAACAUGUCCUUCCCCAAGUCCCAGCCCGACUGGAACAACCUGCAGGUGUUGCACCGCAACACGCUCCCGCCCCGCGCACACUUCUUCCACUACACCUCUGAGGAGGUGGCCCGCACCCUCGACCGCGAGAAGAGCACCUACCAGCUGCUCAGCGGCACCUGGAAGUUCCGCCACGAUGCCUCACCCUUUGAGGCCCCAGAGUGGUCCGAGGCCGACCCCCUGACCUGGGCCAACGUCAAGGUGCCCAGCAUGUGGCAGAUGCAGGGUUACGGGCGACCACUCUACACCAAUGUCAACUACCCUAUCCACGUGGAUCCGCCCAACGUCCCCUACGAGAACGAGACGGGCUCGUACUGGCGCGAGUUCACCGUCCCCAAGGAGUGGGAUGGCCAGCAGAUCCGCCUCCGCUUCGAGGGUGUCGACUCGGCCUUUCACCUCUGGGUGAACGGCCAGGAGGUCGGCUACAGCCAGGGCAGCCGGAACCCUAGCGAGUUCGACAUCACAUCGUACCUCAGCAAGUCGGGCGCCGGCUCGGUCAACACGAUUGCCGUCCGCGUCUACGAGUUCUGCGACGGGUCCUACAUUGAGCGCCAGGACCAGUGGCUGCUGUCCGGCAUCUUCCGUGACGUCUAUCUGAUGGCGUUCCCCAAGGACGCCAUUGUCGACUUCAACUCCAUCCCGGAGCUUGAUGACACCUUUACAAAGGCCACACUCAAGACCAACGUCAAGACGCAGGGCACCGAGGGCGACGUCGCACUCAAGCUCUACUCGCCUGACGGCUCGCUCCUCAAGCAAGACACCUUCAAGUCUUCAGCAUCCAGCUCUGUCGUCGUGGACGGCAAGGACCUGAGGCUCUGGUCCGCCGAAGACCCCGUGCUCUACACGGUGACCCUGACCUUUGCCGAGAGGACCAUUGCCCAGAGGAUCGGUUUCCGCCGCGUCGAACGCAAGGAUCCCAACUUCCUGAUCAAUGGAAAGCCCAUCAUCUUCUACGGCAUGAAUCGCCACGAGCACCACCAUCUCUACGGCCGUGCCGUGCCCUACGAGUCCAUGCGUGCCGACUUGGUGCUCAUGAAGCAGCACAACAUCAACGCGCUGCGAUGUGCCCAUCAGCCCAACGACCCGCGUCUCUACGAGGUCUGCGACGAGCUCGGUCUCUACGUGAUUGCCGAGGCCGACCUCGAGACGCACGGGUUCGACCCCGUCGAGCGGUCCAACAUCAAGGACCAGAACACCAAGAGCGGCUACGAGAUUCAGGAGGAGUCCUACAAGACGGCCAACAAGUGGACGUCGGACAACCCCGAGUGGAAGGAGGCGUACCUCGACCGCGCCGUCGAGCUGGUGCAGCGCUUCAAGAACUACCCCAGCGUCGUCUUCUGGUCGCUCGGCAACGAGGCCUUUUACGGGAGCAACCACGCCGCCAUGUACAAGUGGAUCAAGGAGGCCGACCCCAGCCGCAUCGUGCACUACGAGGGCGACAGGGAUGCCGUCAGCGCCGACAUGUACAGCUGCAUGUACUGGAGCAUCGAGGGCAUGAAGAAGCACGUUGCGGAGAAGAACGACCGCCCGCUCAUCCAGUGCGAGUACGGCCACGCCAUGGGCAACGGGCCCGGCGGCCUGCUCGACUACAUUGAGGCCUUCCGGACGGAGCCGCUGCUGCAGGGUGGCUUCAUCUGGGAAUGGUGCAACCACGGCCUGCUCAAGAAGGAGGGCAGUCUCGAGUACUACGCGUACGGCGGUGACUUUGGCGACUACCCCAACGACGGGGACUUUGUCAUGGACGGCAUGACGUGGUCGACCCACGAGCCCACGCCUGGCCUGGUCGAGUACAAAAAGGUCAUUGAGCCCGUGACGGUCACCAUUGAGGGCAACGACCUGAAGAUCAGGAACCACUACGACUUUGUCGACCUCGGCCACCUUGAGGCGACCUGGCACAUUGUGUCGCCCAACGCGGAGGACAGCAGCCAAGUGCACCCGCUCGCGCUGCCGAUCAUCACGGGCGGCGAGACGGGCACGGUCAAGGUGCCGACCCAGGUGUCCACGGAGGACGUGGCCAAGUACCUCACCAUCAACUUUGUGCUGCGAAACGACACAAAGUGGGCCAAGAAGGGCCACGAGGUGGCGUGGGCCCAGGUGCCGCUGGCCAACAUCCCCAAGACCAACGCCCUGAUCACCGUGGACGCCAAGGGCCAGCAAGACGACCAGAGCAGCGUCCGGGAGAAGAAUGGGCGCCUCCACAUUAGCCUCGCGGGCGGGUCCCGCCACUGCACGUAUGAUCUCAUCCGGGGUAACUUUGCCUGGUCCGACGAGAAGGGCGAGGUCAUCACCAAGGGACCCGAGCUCAGCCUGUACCGCGCGCAGACCCAGAACGACGUGGGCGAGAGCGGCGACGGGCCGAUAUGGGACCGCUUCCGGCUGCCGAGCGCCAGGAUGCAGGUCCGAUCCGCGACAUGGACCGAGAAGAACGGGGUGGUGCAGAUUGUGAGCAAGGUCCGCGUGGCGCCCAAGGUGCUGGAAUGGCGGUGCAACGCGACCAUGACCUACACCAUCACGGGCCAGGCGGUCGAGAUCGCCACCGAGGGCGACUUUUCGGGCACGUGCCCGGAGCUGAUCCCGCGCAUCGGGCUGACCAUGUCGCUGCCCAAGACGUACGACCAGGCCGAGUGGUUCGGACGCGGCGCGGGCGAGUCGUACCGCGACAAGAAGGCGGCGUCGCGGUUCGGCCACUGGAAGGCGACGGUGGACGAGCUGCACACCCCAUACGAGUGGCCGCAGGAGAACGGCAACCGGACGGACACGCGCUGGGUGCGUGUGGGUGCCUCGGCGCCGGGCGGUGGCACGCCGCUCCUGGUCGAGCUGGGCGAGCCGUUUGACUUUUCGCUGCGGAAGCACAGCCUGGAGGACCUGGACAAGUGCAAGCACCCGCACGAGCUCACGCCGCUGGACGAGACGGUGCUGAACCUGGACCACGUCCAGCAUGGCAUUGGCACGGGCAGCUGUGGCCCUGCGCCGUGGGAGCACAACAGACUGAGGCCGGGGCCGUUCAAGUUCACCUCCCGGUUCCAGCUGGGGUAG